UUAUCAUUGUCAAAAUUGAUACAACACUUUUUUGUAAUACAGCACUUUAAUUAACCUGGUUAUUCUAAUAGUGUUGAAAUAUGUCUGUGGAAUCUGACCUUACAUUAAUGAGGACACUAUUAUUCAUGAGUUCCUUUCUUCUUCACUAAUUUCGUGCUUUACAUGUUUUGCAACCAAUACUAUUCUGCUAUUAUUGUAAAAAUCCACUUAUUCUAGCAUGAAACACUUAUUUCAAUCUCUACACAAGGUAGUACCAGACUUUCUAUUGUUCAACUGCAAAUGAGGAGUCUCCCUCACCCUGCACCCCACCCGGUGUCACUGUACCAGCAAUGUCGUCAGCACAUGACACACACUCUUGAUCAAGACCUUCAGGGCAGUUUCAUCCACAUUGUAGCUGACACUACUCAGCUGCAGACAUGAGCAACCAAGGCGUGACUUAUGCAGAACUCCAUCAUGCUAAGGGCUCAAAAAGACAGCAAGUGCAACCUAAGGGCACGAAAAGUUCCAUUUCAGUAACUGAGGAGGAUAUAGCCUAUGCAGAAUUAAAUCUUCAAAAUGCUUCUCGGGACCUUCAAGGGAAUGGCAAGAACUCUCCCUGCAAAGAGAAGCUCAUUGCCGGUAUCUUGGGAAUGCUCUGCCUCGUCUUGAUGUCCACUGUGGUAAUAAUAGCUGUUAUUCCCUCUACUGAAGGACCAGCGUGGAACAAAACGUCCCUGGAAACAAGGAUCCAGAAAGCGUGUCUCUGUUGUCAUUGUCUGAAAGAGUGGUUUACGUAUUCCAACAAUUGCUAUUACACUAGCACUGAGGGAAAAUCAUGGAAGGAGAGUUUGACCUCCUGUGCUUCUAACAACUCUUACCUGUUCUACUAUGAUGAUGAAGAGGACAAGUUUUUGUUGAAUUUACUCUCUGCUACUACAUGGGUUAGAGGCUCCCAGAGAAGAAAUCAUAGUUCAUCUGUGCAGCCAAAAGCCUUAACAUUUUCUUCUGAAGUGUUGUCAGUAUCUUCAGAGAGUGACAAGAAUUGUCCAUAUUUCUCUUUUCUUGCAAUAAAAACUUAUUUUGCACCCUGCUCAGCAAGAAGACCAUAUGUUUGUAAGCACCAGGCAUUUUAGUUACCUCAUUUUGGUAUAAUGUAUUUCACCAUUUGUAAAGAAUACAUCUCUCAUUAUUUCAAAACCCAUAUGAUUAUUUUCUUUGCAUAUUUUUAAGAUAAUAUUUUUAGUGUAAUUUUAGGCUCACAACAAAAUUAAGAAGAAGCUCCUGAGAUUUCCUGGAUUGUCCCUGUCUGCACAUGUGCAUGGCCUCUCCCAUUAUCAACAUCACUCACUAGAAUGUUUCAUUUCUUACCAAGGAUGAAUCUGCAUCAAUGCAUAUAUAUAUUGCCCAAAGACCAAAGAGUACUUGAGGCUUCAUUCUUGGUGUUAUGGAACUGUUUUCAAAUGUAAUUAUAUUAGUGUAAAAAAUAUAUACUCGGUAUAUAUUAUUUAUUUAUUAUGCUUUACUAUUUAGUGGAAUAAAAUAUAUAUUAAUUACAAAUCAUAACAUUAGUGUAAAAUUCUCACUACAGUGAAUAAUUCCAUUUAUAUUUCCAAAUUAUCUGAUUCGUUCUAGCCAUUUAAGGGCCCCAAAUGAGGAUUGAACACUCCAGGGUGACAAGGGUAUCAGUCAGAAUUGAGUCAGGAGACACAAACAAGGAAGGAAGUUGAGGUAAACAAUUAUUAUCUACUUGUAAAGGAGAGCUUACUAAGAGGAAAGGCUAUUAAGUUCAAUAAAAUUACAAAGAAUAUCUUAGAAUUAAAGGAGGGAUCACUGGGAAGCCAGGUCUGCUCUCUGAAGAUGGGAUUUAGAUGUCAUUGAGGAUGAUAUGACUACACACAGCUUCGUGGCAGACAUGCUCACUGGAUUGUCCUGGGGCAGGCAGCUCCACACUCCAUGGGCUGAACUUGGUGAAAAUGGAUCUCAGGCUGUGACUGGCAAACAGGAAGAACUCCCUGUCAGAACAGCAGGAGGAAAGACCGGAAGACAAGAAACUGACGGACUGGCUACAGAAAGUUGCUGGAGGACCAGUACACAGGACUUCUUGUAGGACUGCAACUGGCAACCAAGCCAUGGUGGCCAAAGGAGAGACAACACCAUGAAGCCAGGAAGAAGAGCCCUUUCUGCUGUACUGGCUCUCCAUUGUCUCUUACCGACAAAAGUCAACUUCAUGUGAGAUGACAAGACAGAAAAUGGAUAGGAUCUUACACCAUUUUCUGAGAACAGGGCACUGAGGGUGGCCUUGGAGCUGAGAGUACUAAAUGAACAGCCCCUUGGGGUUAUCAUGGAACAACCACAGGGUCGCUGUAUAAGAGCCAUUCAGAUCGGCCCCACUUCCUCCAAGAAUGGAACCAAAGUGUACUCUCCGAAUCACUCUUGGUGCCACACAACCAAAGGUUACACUCAUUUUGAGGUAGAGAUUGGUUUCUAAUUAGAUAAUAACGAGUGCCCUUUGAUACUUUUUCUUAUAUGUUGUUUUCCUUACUGGGUUCAUAUAUUUUGAAUGACAUUUAGUUUUUUUCAAUUUUUUAUGUACCCACUUCUGUCAGUCUUUACAGCCAUGCUAAAAAACACUGUGUUGUCUUUCCCUGUGUGACUUAUUUCACUUAGCUUCCAAUUUUACAAUAAAUUUCACAUUACAAAAAUAAAAAUAUAUUAAAAAAUAAGAAACCACUUUGAUGCAAAACAUAAAGUGUUACAUAAGAAAACCAAAAAUUAAAAUCUACAGAUAUUUGUGUAGGUCAAAUGGCUAGUUAUUGCAAGAAUUCAAGACAAACGUGAGUAAUUAGAAAAUGAUUCACAGAUAUCCCUACCCUAAUUCAAUUAUAAGAGGGAAAGAUAUUAAACUCGGUUAUUACUUGCAAAAUAAAUGCAUAUUUCAUAUGCAUUUAUAUCUAUGAAGAUAGACAUAUUCUUUGCAUUCUCUCUACAUAUUCCCUACACUCUUCUAGAAAAAUUAUGUGAAUAUUCAAAAUGAAUUGAAUAUAAUUGUUUAUGGUAGCUGUGGGUAAUCGCUAAAGUUGUGUUUCAUACAACCCAAGAUUGCAAUGACAUUGAAAAUUCAGCAUCUAAUUUUCAUUCACCUGUUUGUGGUUUGGCUCUGUUAGGGCUGAUCAAGUCUGGGCCUUUAUGGACUUGACUCCAGACUACAUACAGAUGCAGCUCAGAUCCUGGUAUAUGAUCUUGCAUAGCAGAGAUAGCAACUAGCAGAAAUGUGUUUCUUAGUGCCUGGUCUCUGAACUCAUAACCUAUCACAUUCCCACACACGUUAUAUUGUGAAACAAGUCACGUGGGCAAACUUAUCAUUUGUUGUCUGUAGACUACACUCUUUUCAUAGUGGUCACAGGGAAAAAACGUAGAUUCACUGAAAAUAACCUAAUCUGCCAUUAGAGCCAUAGGAAUAUUUUUUAAAUAAACUUUAUGAGAUAGAUAAGUUUGUAAAGGAAAUUGUUUGGAAAUAGAUUAAAAAUUUAGUACUCUCUUAACUUACCAUUUGGGUUUUUUUUUUUGUCUUCUGUGCCAAAUAUCCUUGUAAAUCAGUUUUAUACAGUGACAGACAUGAUAGUAUAGAUGUUUUCAACAUGGUCUUUGAGGAAAUAAGUUAUAAGCAGAAAAGUAUAAAGUGAAAGGACAUUGUCAUUGAAACCGGUCACUUCACGUAAUUUCCAAGUGCCCACUCGUAGCCCUGGGACUCAGUUACAUAACUGCUCUGGCUGUUUUCUCUGCUGGAAUAUACGAUGGAAGUAGUAUCUUAUUCAUAUUUACUUGAAGAGUAUUGGAACAGUACCUCUGGACACAAGUAGUCACUAGAUUUCAGUGGUUUUGGCUUAAGAAAUUGAUGCCUUUGUGUCAUUACCUGUGACAUGAUGGUCUUAAAUGUAGCAACUUCAUAGGGCUGUUCUGAGGAAUAAAUAAUAAUAAAUGAUAUAAAGCCUACAGAUCCUUAAAAUAAAGCCCAAGCACAUGAAGCUCUUGCUGUCUGGAAUCUCUUCAUAUUUUGCUUUUCCCAAUGUCCAAUAAAGGCCAUUUUUCAUA